CAAUUUUAAUUAUGUUUCACAGGUUUAUUCGACGCGAUUUAUUGUUUACAUGUUGUACAAGUAUCUCCAUUCACUGGCCUUCUACACAGAUUUUUAAAUUAGUCUAUGGAUUUUUUGUUGGUAACACAGGGAAAAUAAAUAAAAUAAAAUUUUAUAUGGUAACAUUCUACCCACUCAUUAUUCACUUCCAUCGACGGAGCUUCAUUCUGUGUUUCUGUCUGCUGGCCUUCGCACGUCUCUUCCCGAUCCAGUAAUACUCUAAAGAUGGGGAAAAGGAAGCACGAGAGAAGUGAUGAAGACAUCAUGCGAAAAAUAAGAAAAUUGAAGAACACGUUGCGGGAGAGGAAGGUUACGUUCGAAUCGGACGAUGAUUUAAACUUUCCGACACGACAGCAAGAGGACAUAUCCGUCGAGGUGUCACCACGUGAUAUACACGUGGGCUCAGCAUAUGUAGAAGAUGACAUCGAAAUACUGGAUAUGCCAUCGUUGUCACCAACGCACGUGUCGAACCUUCAAUCAACACCGCCUGAGCCGCCACCGUCUCAGCCGGAGCCUGAGCAGCCGCCACUAGAAAAUCUAACCUCAACCACAGUACCAGGUUCAUCAUUAGAUAUCCAGCCUGAAAUGAUUGAGGAGACUGAACUGGAAGAGGACAUAUUGUUGUUAUUGGGUGAUGCUCCUAAAACUGAGACUCCAAGGGGUCCAGCUAUUCACAAAGAUAUUGCCAGUCGAUGGCAAUUAAUUCUAGCCAAUGGACUUGCUAAAGAUUCCAAAGACAACAUUUGUAGAGAUCAUAAUGCUCCUAGUAACUGCGAUUUACUGUUAACACCAUUACUAAAUCCUGAAGUUAAAGCGGCUCUGCCAGAAGCUCUCGUUAAGAGAGAUGCGAUUCUCCAAAAUAAGCAAAAGCAACUGGGGGUAGCUUUGUCUGCAUUAGCAACAUUAACUGACAUGAUCAUUUCCAACGAACUGUCCCGACAAAAACUGCUCAAGCCACUGAGUGACGCUUCGCGUAUUUUAUGUGAUAGUCACUAUCAGGAGACAAGGACGCGGCGAAACUUUAUAAUUACGUCAAUAAAUCACAAGCUGAAAAAUACUCUGACAGAAGCUACCAGAGAUUCAAUGCUUUUUGGUGAAAAUUUAACUGAAAAAUUAAAAGCCGCAAAAACAAUACAACAGUCUGGCGAUGCGCUGAAAAGCCAAAAACCUAAAAUACCUGCGCACCCUAAUGCUGCUACAAUCAGGAACAAAGGUUAUUUAAACUACCAAGCUCAACAUCGCAAGGUAGAACACAAACCCCAGGCUGGACCGAAACGACCACCGUGGCCAGCACAGCGGCCACAGAGCAGCGGCACGUCGUCGUCGCGGCAACGCCGUCCGUCACCAACGCGCACGACGUCUCCCCGGCGGAAAACGCAGCCUCGGAAAUAACCCAGGUCUCGUCACAAUCUUCACCGCAGCUUAAUCUUAGUAGCCGCGAAGCUUUCCGGGAAACAUUACUGAAGAAAUGUCUGUCUGUGAGAUCAGUGGAAAUAAUGUUAUCGUCUUUGUCUGAUUCUACUUACAAACAAUACGAUGGUUGUAUUAAGUCAUGGUUAAAUUAUUGUAAUAAAUAUGGUUAUGAUUAUUCUGCUGUAUCAGUUCCUAUCGUUAUUCAUUUUUUGACUACUAUGUUUGAUAAGGGUGCUAAAUAUGGUACUAUAAAUACCUACAAGUCUGCACUAUCUUUAAUAUUAGGAAAUAUAAUAGAGGAUGAUAGAAUUAAGAGAUUCUUAAAAGGAGUUUACAGGUUGAGGCCAACCAUCCCUAAAUACAAUUUGACUUGGGAUCCUAACAUUAUAUUAAAUUA